AUGGCGAAGAAGAGCUCGUUCGAGAAAGCGGUGAAGGAUCUAACAGCUCUAGUGGCCUCUCAGUACCCCUCUUCCUCUCUGGACGAGCAGCAGAAGAUAUUCUCAGCCGUCCAUCGCGCAGCUACCCUGCUCAAGACCCGCUACACGACGCGUGGCUUCUGGGCGGCGGGUCUCGUCCUUUUCCGCGCGGCCAGCGCCGUGUUGGGGGAGGGAGCGGAGCGCAACCGCGUCCUGCAGCACAUCAAGUCCGCACAGGAGUUCCUGGGGGAAGGCGGGGAAGGGGGGGAAGGCGGGGAAGAAGGUUUGCCGCAGGGACUGACAGCAGCAGCAGAGUCGCCACGGCCUGAUUGGCUGGUGGCUCAGACGUUGCUGACAACACUGGCAGCGGCACAGCAGCAGAGGGACCUGGAUGCCGCCGCUGACGGCACUCCCGAGCAAGAAGGCAGAGAUGCACAAGACGGGCAACCCCCUCAUCAAGCCAUUGCAGCGCUCUUGCAGGGCGGAACAACAUUGGAGGAUCUGCUGCGGGAUGCAAUAGCAAGAGGGGGAGCUGAUGACCUGCUGACUCCCGGCCUGGCCGAGGCUCUAGAAGCCAGCAUGCAGGCGUCUCAGCCGCCUGGCGCCCCGCCUGCGUCUAAGAGAGCGGUGAAGCAGCUGCCUGUGCUCGUGUACAGUGAGGCCGGCGUGGUACCUUUAGAGGGGGUUGGGACGCGAGAAGGAGUGGUGGCGGGUAGUGGCGUAAGUGGUAGUACUGGCAGUAGCAGCAGUGGUAGCAAGACUGAGAACGGGGAUGGUGUUGGGUUGGAGGGGAAGGGGGUGCAUGGGGAGGGGAAGAUGGAGGCGGGGGAGGGGAGUGUGGACGAGUGCAGUGUGUGCAGGGAGAAGUGGGAGAUUGGUGACAAGCUGAGGGAGAUGCCGUGCAGCCAUCGGUUUCAUGUGGACUGCUUGCAACCAUGGCUGGAUGAGCACAACUCGUGUCCUUUGUGUCGGUACGAGAUGCCAACUGACGACCAUGCUUACGAGAGGCGCAAGGAGAGAGAGAAGGAAGAGGAGGAAGAACGAAGAGCCACACACUCGACACACUCGACAUUUCUCGUCGACGCCACAGCAGCAGCCACAAUGCUACCAUGCUGCCUGGCGGUGUGGGGAUGCGCGUGCUGCGGGUGGGCCAUCCACCGCGUCGUCCGCACGGGCGCGGACGCCAGCCGCGACUGGCCGGCCGCGUCCAAGGACGAAAUGGCGGACUUUCCGCGCCUCGCCGCGCUCAUUCUCGCGUCGUACGAACCCGACUUACCUAAAUGCCUGCAGCUUCUAGAGUCCGUCUCCGACGAUCACGGAAACAUCUCUUCGCAGACCGACGCUUCCGCGAAACCAUCCAAACCAUGCGACACCAACGCCACGCGCGAGCAAACGGCAAAGAAAACGGUUCCUGAUUCGCAUCCGGAAGCUGAGGCUCGGUCCAAAGCAGAGGCUGGGUCUGAAUCCAACGGCAAGGACGGUCCGGCGAAGGGGAAGCGGGAGCUGAUCGAAGCGCGCGUGCUGCGGAAGGUGGAGCAGCGGGAGACGGAUGGGCAGUGCCCGUCGUACCUGGUGUACCUCGACGAGGCGAAUAAAGACAUCACGGUGGCGAUGCGCGGAAUAAACCUGACGCAGCUGUCGGACUAUGAGAUCCUCAGGAACAACCGCAAGGGCAAACAGAUGUUUGACGGGGGCUACGUGCACUGCGGUUUACUCGCAGCGGCGGGCGCGUUCCUGGAUCUCGAGAUGGACUAUCUCAAGCGCCUCCUGCGCCGCCACCCCUCGCACACGCUCACACUCACCGGCCACUCCAUAGGAGCGGGCGUGCUGGCGCUGGCAGCCAUGGUGCUGGCCAAUAAUCUGCGCGAGCUGGGCCGCGUGAGGAGAGGGCGGAUUCGCUGCGUUGGGUUCUCGCCCCCGCGCUGCGCGUCGCUCAAUCUCGCUGUCCGGCACGCCGACAUCAUCACGUCCGUCGUGCUGCAGGAUGACUUUCUUCCCCGUGUGGCGCACCCGCUCGCUCUAGUAUUUGGAGUCACCUUCUGUCUACCAUGUGUGCUGCAGUACUCAUGCUGCCACGACACGUGUGUGCCGGAGCAGAGGAGACUGGCGGACCCCAGAAGGCUCUAUGCCCCCGGCCGUCUCUAUCACAUGCUCUACACACGCCGCUGCAGCUGUGAGGACCUUCCCCCAGUGGCGCUGACAGCCAUUCCAGUGGAAGGGCGGUUUGAGCACGUGGUGCUGUCCCGCACCGCCACACGCGACCACACGCUGCCCCUCAUUGCUGCCAAGCUGCACCAGUUCCUGCAGACGGUGGACGAACCUGAUGCUGAUGCAGAGGGCGAGGUGGAAGCAGUUGUGAUGACAGCACCAGCGGAGGAGGUGAUGGAACGGGGAGCGGGAGCAGCGUCAGCAGCAGGUGACUUGCAGGAGAAGCAGCCGUCUCUGCAGGACCAGAUGGAGGGGGGGUCGCAGCGCCAGUCGCAGCGUCAUCAGCCCUCGCUGCUGCAGCAGCAGCGCCAGCUGCAGCAUCUCAAGUCCCUCGAGCGUUGUCUCACGCUGGGAAUACCCAAUGCCAAGGACCCUGCUGUGCUUGUAGCAGACUUGGAGGUGGAGGAAGAGGAGGGGGAGGAGGAGGAGGAUGACAGGGAGGAGGAAGGGAUGCAGGUGGGGCGGUCAGACUUGGACAGAACUUCCAAAGGAGAUGCUCAGGGUGUGCAGUCGGAGAGUGGCGAGGCUGGUAAAACUGCCGCUGGCAGCAGUAGCAGUGCUGAUCGCGGUGGUGGGAAGCAGCUGCAGCUGCAGGCGCAUGAAUCGUCAGCGCAUGUGCAGAAGCGGUGGCAGGAUCUGAUAGAAGCCCUGAUGUCUGACGAGGGAGGGGGUGCCAGGGCAGGGGGUGCAGGUGAUGUUUUAAGAGAUUGCCCAUCCGGAGGCAGCGAGGGCCAUGGGCAAAGUGGGGCUGGAGGGAAAGGGUUUGCGUUUGGGAGUGUGAGCUGGAGGCAAUCAUCGUUUGGUGCUCGUCGGUCAGUUGGGGCCGGGGAUGAACACGAGAAAAAAGGAUGGGGAAGGGUGAGGCAGGCUGUGAGAGAACGGAACACGGAAGGAGAUCAAGGCCAAAUUGGAUAUGCCUUGGUGCCCAUGAUCGCUCGUGGCAUUCUGCUCGGCCCUGACCAGCCUGUCAUCCUUCACCUUCUUGAUAUCCCUUUUGCCGAGACCUCCCUCAAUGGCGUCCGCAUGGAGCUCAUUGACGCCGCUUUCCCCCUCAUUCACGGGGUCGUCGCGACGACGGAUGUUGAGGAGGCAUGCAAGGGUGUCCAGGUGGCCAUCAUGGUUGGAGGCUUCCCCCGCAAGGCCGGCAUGGAGCGCAAGGACGUGAUGUCCAAGAACGUCUCCAUCUACCGCGAUCAGGCCUCCGCUCUGGAGAAGUUCGCCGACAAGGACUGCAAGGUGGUGGUCGUUGCCAACCCCGCCAACACCAACGCGCUCAUCCUCAAGGAGUUCGCUCCCAAGAUUCCCGCCAAGAACAUCACGUGCCUCACCCGCCUGGACCACAACCGCGCGCUCGGCCAGAUCUCGGAGCGCCUGGGCGUGCCGGUGGCGACCGUGAAGAACACCAUCAUCUGGGGCAACCACUCGUCCACCCAGUACCCUGAUGUGAACCACGCCGUCGUCGUCACUCCCGAGGGCGAGAAGGCCGUGCGCGAGCUUGUCAAGGACGACGCGUGGCUUGAUGGCGAAUUCAUCAAGACUGUUCAGCAACGCGGUGCCGCCAUCAUUGCGGCUCGCAAGUUUUCCAGUGCUCUCUCCGCUGCCUCCUCUGCUUGCGACCACAUUCGGAACUGGGUCAAGGGCACACCCGAGGGUUCAUGGGUGUCCAUGGGUGUGAUUUCUGAUGGCUCGUACGGCGUUCCCAAGGACAUCAUUUAUUCCUUCCCUGUCACCUGCAAGGAUGGCGAGUGGACCAUUGUGCAAGGGCUAUCAAUCGAUGCCAACUCAAGGACGAAGAUGGACGCCACAGCAGCAGAGCUCGUCGAGGAGAAGGAGCUUGCAUACGAGUGCCUCAAGGCGUAA